AUGAGUCUCCAGGUAGAACUGAGUGAGUGACCUGAAAAACGUGUCACUGCACCUACUUUGCAUAUUGAGUCAAUAGGGAAGAACAUGAAGUUCCCUUGGAAGUCACUCGGGAGGAAGGUGGAGGGGCGUAUUUAAGAGAGAGUGAAAGCUGCAGGCCGCAAGACUGGGGCCUGAGGGCUGGCAGUGGAAAACCCUGUUGGGCUGUGAUCUCUCGCUGAGAAGUUCCAAGUGCCUUUUUGCUUCCUGCAAAAGAAAGGAAGAGAAGGAGGAGACCAUGUCCAUAGCCCUGAAGCAGGUGUUCAACAAGGACAAGACCUUUCGGCCCAAGAGGAAAUUCGAACCUGGCACACAGAGGUUUGAGCUGCACAAACGGGCUCAGGCAUCCCUCAACUCGGGCGUGGACCUGAAGGCUGCCGUCCAGCUGCCCAGUGGGGAGGACCAGAAUGACUGGGUGGCGGUGCACGUGGUGGACUUCUUCAAUCGGAUCAACCUCAUCUACGGCACCAUCUGUGAGUUCUGCACCGAGCGGACCUGCCCUGUGAUGUCAGGGGGCCCCAAGUAUGAGUAUCGGUGGCAGGAUGACCUCAAGUAUAAGAAACCGACGGCGCUGCCGGCUCCCCAGUACAUGAACCUUCUCAUGGACUGGAUUGAAGUCCAGAUCAAUAAUGAGGAAAUAUUUCCGACAUGUGUGGGUGUCCCCUUCCCAAAGAACUUCCUCCAGAUCUGCAAGAAGAUCCUGUGCCGCCUCUUCCGGGUCUUCGUGCACGUGUACAUCCACCACUUCGACCGGGUGAUUGUGAUGGGCGCGGAGGCCCACGUCAACACCUGCUACAAGCACUUCUACUACUUCGUCACGGAGAUGAACCUCAUAGACCGAAAGGAGCUGGAGCCCUUGAAAGAGAUGACGAGCAGAAUGUGUCACUAACGCUGCAGCUCAUCCUGCAGAAGAGAGAAACGCCUCCUGGAGCCCUGAUUGGACAGUGGGUGGACUUCCUGGCUGAAAUGGCUCCUCUACUUUCUCGGGCGAGAGAACUGGAGGCAGGCGGGGACUCCUGAGAGAUCUUUCCUACUCACGUCAUGUGCUCUUACCCUCAGAGUGCUGCUAGCCUGACCUGCGGGCCAAGCGGACCACAGCAUGCCGAAGAACCAGCCUUAACCCCUCCGCCUUGGACCUGCCCAGGAGGGGCCGCGGCACUUCCAUGCACGUCACAGUUCUGCCUGUGACCUGCCACCUAAGCUUUACUGGAAUUCAGGUUUUGAGACUGAGAUGUUUAUUUGUACCUUUCUUACUCCUCUGUCUUGUUAGCUGGCCAGCUUUUCUGUCAUUUGUUUUCUAAGUACAGAGUGAAUUUUGGAACUUUGGACACACAGCAAGUUUUUUUGUAACAAGCCUUCUUGCAGAUCUGUGAAGCCUCCUGCUCUGACCCUGCGGUUUAACACUGCACAGAGCCGUGGCACUGUGAGAGAUCUGAGACCGGACCUGGCAGCGUUGUACCAUUUCCCUAAGGAGCUGUUUUACUGGGGACCACUCCAGGGGCUGGUUGGUCUCUGCCUCAAACAGUGGUCCCAUUCUAGCUGUAGGGAAGAGCCUGGUUGUUAGCAAAAAGCUAACACGUUUGUCCAGAUCAGAAUGUAUUUUUUUAUAAUAACCAUCAUCCCUUGUCUGUCCUGUUGAUGCUCCUUCCUAUUUCCCAGAAGAGAGAAGUAAAACAAAGUUACAAAUGACUGAGAGUGACCAGUAGGAGCCCUGAGCCGGAUGAGUGCAGUGUUUGUUCUUUCUUAACGGGUGGGAAGUCACGACCGUCUCUACAUAUUAAUAUUGCAGUGAUAAAAGGACAAUUGGUUAUUUGGUGUGAGCAGAUGAGACCCUCAGUCCUUGCCUUUAGUUUCUCUUCCAAACACUCCUCCUCUGUCACAUUAUACCAUGGCACAGAAUUAAUUUCUGCCCUAGCAAUGGCUCCACAGUAAGAGAGGCAGCAGCAGAGGCAGCGCUCAUAGCCCUGUACCAUCCAUGCUGAUUGCUCUCUUCCAGUACACAAAAAAAUGCCUCUGUUCUACAUUCUGACUCUUGAAACCUGGGUAUGGUUAAUGAAAUGGUGCAUUCUCUGAUUCACUCAUAAAACUUCGUUCCUGACAGCCCAACCUGUGACCAGGGCGUCAUAAUACUUCCGAUGACAUGUGUGUUUAACACAGUACCAGUUGGUGGAGGGAAGUAGAUAAGAAUGUAUUAGUGCAUUUUAAUGUAAUAACGGUUAAAAGAUAACUAAACAACUCUGACUUUGCUUUAUUUUACAUAUGUUUGAGGCAUUCGUGGCUGCCAUGAAAGCCUAGUAAUCAUGAAUCCUUUGUGCAGACUGAAAAAGGGUUGAUUGUUUGGACAGGUAUCAUUCUAACCAUGCAGAUUGACCCUUCCUCUGCAUCUCAUACAAGUCCCCCCUUCGAACCCAGAUGUUGCUACCUCUGUCCAAAUGCUCUGGUCAAAAAUAAAACAUUUUCCCUCGCUAACUUUUAGAAAUCAAGAUAGGCAGAGAUUUUUUUUUUCAGCAUCGUUUUUGGCCGCAAGAAUAUCUUAUUGUCCUAAGGAUCCAGAGAAACAAGAGCCCCUCAUUUCUGACCUAGCAGCGCUACAGUACCACAUGGGAAGGCGGGGUGGUGAGAGAAAUGACAGCCUGGAGCUCAUCUUCUGAGAUUCUCUGUAGCUUUGUACCCUGGAAAACCAUAGAUUUUUGCAUUUAAGAAGUUAAAUAUGUUUCUUGCAUUUCCAUGAUGCCUGAUCAAGUAAGAGGUUAGACUCUGAAAACAUUUGUCAUUAAUUGUUAAGGUUAUUUUCUAUUAAUGAUGUAUAUGAAAUCUCCACUCAACUUAAAAAUUCAAAUAUUUUUAAACUUUUUAGAACACUUUCUUCCUGGUUAUAUUGAUAAAUACACUAAUCAACUCUUCUAGUGUAAAUUCUGGCAAAAUGUUCAUGUUCUUUAAUUACAGGGUGUUCCUAUUACAGCAGAGCUUUGUUUGGCAAAUUCUGUUGAAAAUCUUUACAGGCAAUUUCUCUUUGGCCUGCCUUCAUCUUCCACGCAUCUCUUACUGCAAAUGGAGGGUCUAGGCUCUUCUCUUGGACCUCUCCAGACCUCUGGGGCAGAGCUGGGAACUGUGUUUCUCUUUCCUAACUUUGUCCCUCUACACUUCCUUUUUCUACUUUUUUCAGAAACUUCAAAGUGGAAAUUUCAAUAUAAAAAGAUUGCAAAAGCAUCCUUAGAUGCAUUGAUCGUUAACAUUUUGCCCCAUUUUCUUUCAUACUAUAAGUACAUAUUCCUAUUGCUGAACCAUUUGAAAAGAAGUUGUAGUCAUCAAGAAACUUUAAAGUACUUCAUUAAAGUACUUCUUAUUAACAAGAAUUUAAACAAGCAUUUAAAGUGCUUCUUAUUAACAAGAACACUGUCCAAUCCAUUUUCAGUGUCACUAUUACCUCCCAGAAACUGAGCAAAAAUAUGGUAUACUUAGCAUGCACUCCAUGUUCAAAAUUCUCCAGUUGUCUCAAAAAUAUUCUUUAUACUCUGUUUCUUUUAAAUCUAGGAUCCAGUCAAGAAUCACACACUGCAUUAACUUGCCAUUGUCCUUAGUUUUCUUUAAUGGACUGCAGUUCCCCUUUAGUGGGUGUGCUUGCGUGGUGAUAUAUGUUUGUGUGUGUGUGUGUGUGUGUGUGUGUGUGUAUGAUAUGGUAUAUCUUCCAUGACUCUGACAUUAAAGAGUUCAGGCUGGUUGGUUUGUAGCAUAUCCCAUGAUUUGGAACUUUUGUGUUUGUUUUACUGAUUGUUUCUCAUUAUGAGAUUUAGGUUAAAGUUUUUUGGCAAGAGUACUACAUUUGUUCCCUUCCUACGCUAUCAGAAAACACAUCAUAUCUAAUUGUCUGUGUUUGUGAUCUCAAGAUUCAUCAGUGUGCUCAGGUGUCAUCUCCCUGAUCCAAUCAUUAUAGAGUUCCAUAAUUUAUUAUUAAGCUCUGAAAAUCUGUAUACGUGCAUUUUAGAGCAUGUGAGUCUAUACAUGUGUGGAUCCACUUCUUCGUAUUAUGAGGUCCAUGAUAAAGGUUAUACCCAUUACAGUUACACAGCAGUGACCCAAAUCUUACCUUUCCACUAAUGAAAGGAGAGGGAAGCAGGAAGAGGUUCCAGGUGCAGACAGUACCCAAGUGUCCUAGACAAGAGAACUUACGUGGUUGAGUAGCUUUGCUUCUCCCACAGUGACUUCUCACUCAGGUCCAUGGUUUAAUCACAGAGAACAUGUGUUCUUGUUGAGGGCAUUCUUGUUAAGGAAAAUCUUAGAUACAACAACAGAUAGUGUUCCUCCAAGGACCACAGUACUUAACUAUAUAUGAAGUGUUUACAUAGCAUUAAAAGUUCAUAGGGAAUGGCAGAGGAGGUCAGGGAGAUCCCUAAUCAGGGAUAAAAUGUCUUAAAAAAGCUACUCAGUGGAAAAAUAAUGAAAACUAACAGGUGAAGAGAAACUAAGCUAGAGUGGUUUUCUGCUUCUUAGGUGGUUAAUAUUCUCAUCUCGGAGUGUUCCCUCAUUCCUGGGAGCCCAGAGUCUCAGAGCCAGAAUCAAUGGAAGAAACUGGCAGAUUUCUUAAUCACUUCCUUCUGCCUCCCAAACCACAUCAGCAACACUGCGGGUGCGAACUUGUUCUCCUCUCAGCUCACCCGCCUCAGGCAUGGGCAUCCUACUGCAGCUCUGGCAGAACCUGCCAAGGCUUUGCAGGGUCUGAAUCCCCAGUCAGCUUGAGCCGAACCGUCUGUGAGUUUCAGCCCAUCCUUUCUAGGGUCCCACCUUGGAAAGGCCCAGUGAGCACAUGGGACAAGUGAACAUAUAAGAAUAGAGGCUUUAGUUGCACACCCGUUAAAUAUUUGUAGCCUGCCGGUGGACCCUCAGCCUUCCUUCCCGUCCCUUCCAGCGCUCCCACAGCCGCCCCCGCUGGGAAGUCUUGCUGUCUCCUUGUGAACCAUUUCUGUAGCUCAGGGAGGAAGCUCUCCCGGUGCCUGCAUCUACCAUGAGCCUGCUCAGAAACCGUCCCCUACCUUCUUCAAGCUCGGUUGUCUUUGGGAAGUCCUGGCUUGCUUCUUAGCGCACCUGAAGAUGUUUCUUUUCUAUUUUAAGUUACACACAAAAUUCUUGACUAUAUUUUAUGCAAUCGUUUUGGCUUACCUCCCUGCCUAUUCUUUCUUCCCACUUUCAGCAUACCUCCUCGGAUUAGACGGUUUUGAGUUUGGUGGUAGUGCUUGUCUUUAACCACCUCUUUGAGAAAACAUUGAGGAAUUUAAACAGAGGUCCUCCCAUCUUUUUGUGGGGAUUUGUGCCAGUCAUCAUUCUGGCCAUUGGAGGCAGCACACGCCUUUCUGUGGCCGCUUACCUGGUGUCCCCUUCUUACCUCAUGGGUGUCACACUGAGAGAAAAAGAAACAUUGUAGGAAAGAUACAAAUGCCUGUGUCUGCAAGAGACGGGCACAAGGCCACUAAAAGGAAGCAGAGGCAUCAUUAGGACAACGCUGUUGUCAUGCUUGCUCUGAUCAUUUUGGGCUUUGAAGAAACUGAUGAGUCUCUCCUAGAAUUAGCCAAACAAAGUAUGUUUUGGAAAUAAUAAUCAUGUUCCUGCUUUCAAAUAUAUAUCAACAAAACUCUUUUAUAACAGGCUAUUUGCCUCUGGACAGGUUUUAAUUCCGAGUAAGGAUUUUUCGUGAAUAUAUAUAUAAGAAUUUAUAUAACAUAGAGGAAGGAGUCCAUUUCUAAUGAAACAAGCUAUUUUACUAGCCUAGCGUGUUCAGAUUUCAAAGUUUUCCUGUAUCAUUUUUACAUACGCCUGAAAAAAAUGUUGACUAUAUUUUAGUUCCGUUUGUGAUUAAAUUAAGGAUUCGAAUAUAAAAACAGACUAACACAAUUAAAUCAAUUAGUAAAGUGAGACAAAGCUAAAAGAUAUUUAUGAAAUCAGUUCUUUGUGAGCUUAGAAUUCAAAUGUCACAAAUAAAAGAUAUAAAACUAU